UCCUGCCUGUAUUAAGAAGCUUCCUGUUGCAAGGUUGCCUCACUGCUGGUGGUCAACAUGCAGGAGACCUCAACGACGACGCCGUCCAACCCUUCGUCCCGCAGCCAAUCGAUUUUCAACAUCCAGCGCCAGGUCUCCACUCUGGGUAGUUCCAGUCCAGGACCCAUGUCCUUGAAGACCAGCAUCACCCCUACCCCAGGCCAGCUGAAGACCAAGGUCACGAAUGUCCGUCGCAUGCGCAGGAUCAUCUCUGAGGACGCAGAGUGGUCACUGGCCAUUGUCCCUCUCCUUACGGAGCUCUGCAUUCAGCAUAUCGUCAAGAACUUCCAGAACAACCCUAUACUGAAGCAGCUGCCCCUAGAGCACCAAAAGAAGGUCUUGAGCAACUUGCCCCCCGAGCUGCCUUUGACGGUGACCGCUAACUUGAUUGACGAUGAGAAUUAUUGGCACCGCUGCUGCGUCAAGCGCUGGGCCGUAUGCCACGUGUCCAGGCACGGUGGCAGCUGGAAGCGGAUGUUCUUCGAGAGGCACCUGGAGAACCUGCUGAAGCUGUUCAUCCCAGGGACCACGGACCCCGGCGUCAUCCUGGACCUGCUGCCCCUCUGCAGGAACUACGUCCGCCGCAUCCACGUGGACCAGUUCCUCCCACCCGUGCGGAUGCCGACGCCGCCUCAGGGGGAGGAGCAGUCGGACUCGGGCAGUGAGGGCGAGGGGAACGAACCUGAGAAGGACCACUACCAGCUGCAGGCCCUGGUGGCCGGCCUCAAGCACCUGGAGGAGCUGGACCUGGUGUACGGCGUCAAAGACUGCGGCAUGAACUUCGAGUGGAACCUCUUUCUCUUCACCUACAGAGACUGCCACUCUCUGGCCGCCACCAUCAAAGCCUGCCACACCCUCAAGAUCUUCAGGCUGACCCGAAGUAAGGUGGACGACGAUAAGGCGCGCAUCCUAAUCCGUAGCCUGCUGGACCACCCUGCCCUUGAGGAGCUGGACUUAUCCCACAACCUCAUCGGAGACCGCGGUGCACGGGCGGCAGCCAAGCUACUGAGCCACAGUCGCCUGAGAGUGCUCAACCUGGCCAACAACCAACUGCGGGCGCCCGGGGCACAGUCACUGGCGCAUGCGCUGGCACACAACACCAGCCUGGUCUCCCUCAACCUCCGCCUCAACUGUAUCGAGGAUGAGGGUGGCCAAGCCAUUGCCCAUGCCCUAGAGACCAACAAGUGCCUCACCAUGCUCCACCUCGGUGGCAAUGAGCUGUCUGAGCCCACAGCCACACUCCUCUCCCAGGUGCUCCCAGUCAACACCACGCUCAUCAGCCUCAACCUAUCCUGCAACCACAUCGGGCAGGACGGCGGGAAGCAGCUCCUGGAAGGCAUGUCAGACAACAAGACCAUCCUAGAGUUCGACCUGCGGCUGUCAGACGUGUCCCAGGAGAGCGAGUACCUCAUUGGCCAGGCUCUGCAUGCCAACCGAGAGGCUGCCCGCCAGCGGACCCUGAAUCCUGGCCACUUCUCCUCUCCCACUAACAACUGCACUGAGAAUCCUGUAGGCUAAGAUGUGGACCGGGGCUAGGACAGUGAUCUGAUGGGUCACCUGGAAGCCACACUUUCACUUCACACCCUUGAUAUGCCUGCCCCAGGUUCUGAGGAUGCAAGAGGAGGGGAUCACGCAUCUCCUUGGAAUGAGCGGCCAG